AUGGCUUACGCUCAGUGGGUUUCCGUCACCAUCGUGAACCUGGUGCACACCGGGCUCAUUACCGUGCAAGACGCGCAAAUGAUCUGGGGCAAGUUCUACGAGGGCGAGAACAAGAACAGCGAGAUCCUGCCGGAGCAGGUCAACAAGACGACGGUCGCCUCGGGGGCGCAGGCGUCGGUCGGCGCGUCGGGCCGCUCCGACUCGUCCUCGGGCGUCGAGGGCAGCUUCAGCCUGUUCCUCGGCGGCCAGAAGAUCUGCGGCGUCUACUUCAGCUGCCCGUGGGGCGACAAGUGGAACGACUUCCAGCUCAAGGACUAUGACGCGGCAACGUCCCCGUACAGCAUCACCACCUCGCCCAUCAACAGGGACAGCGGCGCGCUGGGCAACGUCACGGUGACUGUGCUGUCGCGAUAG